CCCCUCAUUUCCUACUCUCUUUCCCAUUCUCACAAACCUCUCUCUCUCUCUACCCACACCCAUUGAUUCGCAUUGUUACCAUCUCCGCAGAGAUCACGCGCGUCUCUCCACCGACAAACCAAUGGCGAACGGAGCCGUUAGACUAGAUCUGGACGGGAGACCGAUCAAACCGCUCACGAUAUGCAUGAUCGGCGCCGGAGGCUUCAUCGGCUCUCACCUCUGCGAGAAGCUGCUGAACGAGACUCCUCACAAGGUCCUCGCGCUCGACGUCUACAACGACAAGAUCAAGCACUUGCUCGAGCCUGAUACUUCCGAGUGGGCCGAGAGGAUCCAGUUCCAUCGGAUCAACAUUAAGCAUGAUUCGAGACUCGAGGGACUCGUCAAGAUGGCAGAUCUGACGAUUAAUUUGGCUGCGAUCUGUACACCAGCGGAUUACAAUACGCGUCCUCUUGAUACUAUCUACAGUAAUUUUAUCGAUGCUCUCCCUGUGGUUAAGUACUGCUCAGAUAACAAAAAGCGUUUGAUUCACUUCUCUACUUGUGAAGUGUAUGGGAAAACUAUAGGAAGCUUUCUUCCCAAGGAUCAUCCUCUUCGUCAGGAUCCUGAUUUUUAUGUACUGAAAGAAGAUACAUCCCCUUGCAUAUUUGGUUCUAUUGAGAAGCAGAGGUGGUCAUAUGCUUGCGCCAAGCAACUGAUUGAGAGACUUGUCUACGCUGAGGGUGCUGAGAAUGGACUUGAGUUCACCAUUGUAAGACCGUUUAACUGGAUUGGACCUAGGAUGGAUUUCAUCCCUGGCAUUGAUGGUCCUAGCGAGGGUGUUCCUCGUGUCCUAGCAUGCUUUAGCAACAACCUUUUGAGGCGCGAACCUCUCAAGCUUGUGGAUGGUGGAGAAUCACAGAGAACCUUCGUCUACAUCAAAGAUGCUAUUGAAGCUGUCCUUUUGAUGAUUGAAAAUCCGGAGAGAGCCAAUGGGCAUAUCUUCAAUGUAGGCAACCCAAACAAUGAAGUGACAGUAAGACAACUUGCUGAAAUGAUGACCCAGGUCUACUCAAAAGUGAGUGGAGAGACAGCUAUUGAGAGUCCAACGAUAGACGUGAGCUCUAAAGAAUUUUAUGGAGAAGGUUAUGAUGACAGCGACAAGAGAAUCCCAGACAUGACCAUCAUCAACCGUCAACUGGGAUGGAACCCGAAGACUUCUCUCUGGGACUUGCUGGAGUCGACGUUAACUUACCAGCACAGGACCUAUGCGGAAGCUGUUAAGAAAUCAACUUCAAAACCAGUCGCGUCUUAGAGGUCAUCAUCACCUCGAAACAUUUGGUGGCUAUUACUCCAUUCUUUUUACUUUUAAAAAAAAAAAAAAAUUCACCCAGGAUUCUCUUCAAAUAGGCCAUUCUAAGCGAAUGAUUAUAAUAUGAUAUGGUGGUUGGUACUAGUUUUCGUUUUAUCGUUAUAUAGAGUUACUGUUAAUGUCUUUUGAAUGCACUGUUGAAAGCUUUAUAUCUUUGUAUUUGUUCGAAACUAAAAAGGGAAUGGUUUGUUCAAAACUAUAACAUUCAUGUGUUAACAAUUGUUCUUUCUCAUACAUUCUCAUUAAGUGUUAGUGUUUGGUUGCAUCAUUGACGGAGAUCCAAAUGUUGCCACCGAGACAGAUACACAAUAGACACAGAAUCUGACGUUGUCCAUUCCCGUUGAAAAAAGAAAACGUUACUAGGGUUGAGAUUCCCGGUGGAUGUUGGAGAUGAUGGGUCACCUCAAUGAAGAAGAAGACAGACCCUUAAGGUUGAGAAGAAGAGGAAGAGGUCGGAUGUAGCGGGAGAUAUAAGAGAUAUGUGUAUAAAAAGUUAUGAAGCAGGUGCAUCCGAAGUUAGGAAUGUCGUCCAAGGCUAUAUAGGUUGUUAACAUGUUCUUGGGUGAUAUGUUCGAGAGAAUAGCGGAGGAGGCGAUUAUAGAAAGCGUGGGAGAUCGAAGCAGUGGUGGUUAGGCUGGUUUUGCCUGGAGAGCUUCAAAUCUAUAUUGAUAUUAGGAAAUGAUUUUUAGUAUUCGAGACCUCACAUUAAAAAUUAGAUUGGUUAAUAUGUUUACAUCUUUAAUAAAUAA